AUGUCGAGUGGGAACACCAUCAAGGUCGUGGCCCGGUUCAGGCCCCAGAACCGGGUCGAGAAUGAGUCGGGCGGCCAGCCUAUUGUCAAGUUUGAGGGCGAUGACAGUCUCACAAUCGAUUCCAAGGAAGCCCAAGGCUCCUUCACCUUUGACCGCGUCUUCAACAUGCAAUGCAAGCAGUCUGAUAUCUUCGACUACUCGAUUCGUCCGACUGUUGACGACCUCCUGAACGGUUACAAUGGAACAGUCUUCGCAUACGGUCAGACCGGUGCCGGAAAGUCCUACACCAUGAUGGGGUCGAGCAUCGACGACGAGGACGGCCGGGGUGUCAUCCCACGUAUCGUUGACUGCAUCUUCGCGAGCAUCAUGUCCAGCCCAAGCACGAUAGAAUACACCGUUCGGGUCAGUUACAUGGAGAUCUACAUGGAGAGAAUCCGGGAUCUGAUGGCGCCUCAAAACGACAACCUACCUGUUCACGAGGAAAAGAACCGCGGCGUCUACGUCAAGGGUCUUCUAGAAAUCUAUGUUUCGAGCGUGCAGGAAGUUUUUGAGGUCAUGCGAAGAGGUGGCAACGCCCGUGCAGUCGCAGCAACCAACAUGAACCAGGAAUCUUCCCGGUCGCACUCCAUCUUUGUCAUCACGGUUACGCAGAAGAAUGUCGAGACGGGGUCAGCAAAGAGUGGUCAGCUAUUCUUGGUCGAUCUGGCAGGUAGCGAGAAGGUGGGCAAGACUGGAGCCAGUGGGCAGACGUUGGAAGAAGCCAAGAAGAUCAACAAGAGUUUGAGUGCCCUGGGAAUGGUCAUCAACUCCUUGACGGACGGCAAAUCAUCACAUGUGCCAUACCGUGACUCUAAACUCACUCGUAUCUUGCAAGAGUCUUUGGGUGGUAACAGUCGGACAACUUUGAUCAUCAACUGCUCGCCGAGUAGUUACAACGAUGCCGAAACUCUCAGCACCCUGCGCUUUGGUAUGCGGGCCAAGUCGAUCAAGAACAAGGCCAAGGUCAAUGCUGAGUUGAGUCCUGUGGAACUGAAGCAACUACUUGGAAAGGCCAAGACGCAGAUCACGACGUUUGAGAAUUACAUUGUAAGCUUGGAAGGCGAGGUUCAACAAUGGCGAGCAGGGGAGCAGGUCCCGAAGGAUAAAUGGGUACCCUCGUUGUCUGCGGAUGGUACGACCAAAUCACUGCCGGCCAGGCCGUCCACUCCUUCUAGACUCAUUUCAGAGUCUCGUGCGGAGACGCCCGUCGCAUCCGAACGGGCCGGAACACCUUCCAUACCCAUGGACAAGGACGAGCGCGAGGAGUUCUUACGCCGGGAGAAUGAGCUCCAGGAUCAGCUUUCUGAGAAGGAAACGCUAGCUGUCACGGCCGAGAAGGCACUGCGCGAGGCUAAGGAGGAGCUAGGCCUUCUCAAGGACCAUGACAGCAAGGUCAGCAAGGACAACGAUAAGCUGAACAGCGAAGUGAAUGAAGUCAAGAUGCAGCUGGAGAGGCUCAGUUUCGAGGGCAAGGAGGCUCAGAUCACCAUGGAUGCUCUCAAGGAAGCCAACACUGAGCUCACAGCCGAGCUUGACGAAGUGAAACAGCAGCUUAUGGACGCGAAGAUGGGCGCAAAGGAGAGCGGAGCCGUUCUUGACGAGAAGGAGAAGAAGAAAGCGGAGAAGAUGGCCCAGAUGAUGGCUGGUUUCGAUCUUGGCAGCGACAUUUUCAGUGACAACGAACAGUCCAUUGCCGAGGCCAUCAAGCAGCUCGACAAGUUCGAAGAGAUUAGUUCGGGAGGCGAUACAAUCCCGACAGAGGAUCUCAAGGCUCUUCGAGAGAAGCUUGUUGCGACGCAAGGCAUCGUGCGGCAGGCCGAGUUGUCCCUCUACAGCUCGUCACCAAGCAGCUCUGAUGCCAAGCGCCGUGCUGAACUUGAGGCCCGCCUCGACAGUCUUCAACAAGAAUAUGAAGAUCUGCUGGCGCGUAACCUCGGCGAAGGUGAUGCCGAGGAGAUCAAGGCUCGGCUUGAGCAGGCUUACGCUUCCAAGCAGGGUACCCAGAUGGAGCUUGUGGACGAGCUCAAGGCCGAUAUCACCAAGACGGCCUCCGAAAAUGAGCGCCUAAGGGUUCUCAUUGAGGAUCUCCAGCGCCAAGUCAAGGCCGGCACCGCGGCGCCGAUGGACAACGGCAAGACUGUCGCGCAGCAGAUGGCAGAGUUCGACGUUAUGAAGAAGUCGCUGAUGCGCGACCUUCAGAACAGGUGCGAGCGCGUCGUCGAGCUCGAGAUCUCCUUGGACGAGACACGGGAGCAGUAUAACAACGUCUUGCGAUCGUCCAAUAACCGCGCUCAGCAGAAGAAGAUGGCGUUCUUGGAGCGCAACCUGGAGCAGCUGACACAGGUGCAGCGGCAGCUCGUGGAGCAGAAUUCAAGCCUGAAGAAGGAGGUCGCUAUUGCAGAGAGGAAACUCAUUGCGAGGAACGAGCGCAUCCAGAGUCUGGAGAGCCUCCUCCAAGAUAGCCAGGAGAAGAUGGCACAGGCGAACCACAAGUUUGAGGUCCAACUUGCCUCCGUCAAGGAGCGUCUGGAGGCCGCCAAGGCGGGCAGCACCCGCGGCCUGAACUCGCCUACCGGCGCCGGAGGAUUCAGCUUCGCCGGCGCGGGCAGCAGAAUCGCCAAGCCACUGCGUGGCGGCGGCGGAGAUGCCCCCUCCAAUCCAACCAUCCAGAACCUCCAGGACAAUGCCAACAAGCGAUCGAGCUGGUUCUUCCAGAAGGGCUAA